AUGCCCCGAAACUCGGAGGACAGCACGCCUCCACCAGACGCAUCACUGCAUGCGCCGGAGGUGACAGUGUCGGUAUCCUCACCUGGUCUCGAUGGCGUGCCCUCUCCCGGCGCCGCGACCCUGCCCCGGACCUCGCGAGAACGAGAACACCACCAGCGCGUCCGCUAUGCUCCCAACAUCGAUACGCAAGUCAUCCCUCCGCAGGAUGACACGCACCUGUCGCCCAUUACCGUGACCAGCCCGGGCUUUCGAGGCCCGACGCGCUCGGACACGGAGCUCUCGCGGGUGAGCAUCCGUAGGCGCAAUGCCGCGCGCGCGAGCACCUUCAAGACCAUCAAGGAGGUGGACCUCAACGAUCUGACGGAGCCGGGAUGGCAUGCCGGCGCCGAGCCAGGCGUUGACACGACCAAACCCAAUGCUGGCCAGGCUGUCAUGGGUCUCCACGCCGCGUGCCAGAUUACCAUUGUCGACUUUAGCCAGGACGAUCUGGCGAUCCACGAGCUGGACAAUGAAGAGAUGAUUAGCUUCCUGGAGGAACCCCAGCCUGACUGGGUCAAGUGUCGUUGGAUCAAUGUCAAUGGGCUGAGCUGGGAUGUCAUACAAGCCCUUGGCAACUACAAGAGUCUGCAUAGGCUGGCCAUUGAGGAUAUCAUGAACACGAGAAAUCGGACCAAGGUCGACUGGUACCAACAUCAUGCUUUCCUGGUAUUUACCUGCCAGAAGCUGGUUCGAAUGCUGGACGAUGACAGCAGCGAUGAAUCAGACGACGAUGCAUUUGAAGUUUCAAGCGUCAAGAGCCACAGUUCCGACAGCGGCAUUCAGAAAAAGUUCAAACGAUGGUGGUCAUCUAGCCAAAAGGGAAAAUACAAUUCCGCGGACAGUACCCUCGAGAGGGGGAAUUCCAUGCCGCCCAUAAACGGCCCCUUGGAACACCAGGCGACUGGUCUAUCAGACGUUUUCAAUCCUAGUACGCUUUGCACGCUUCAAAGGUAUCGUGCUUCGUCCAACGAGGCUCGUAACGACUUUAUGGAACGACACAGCGCACUAGCAUCCAAGGAUUUGGCUGUUACUGCAGAACAGGUCGCCAUGUUCAUUACAUCCGAUAAUACUGUCAUUGCAUUCUUUGAGCAGUCCGCUGAUGAUGUGGAAAAACCAAUCUUGGCGAGGUUGGGCAGUCCAGAGACUAUUUUGCGACAGUCUUGCGAUGCGUCAAUGGUGGGACAGGCAAUCAUUGAUGCCAUCAUUGACAUGGCCAUCCCCGUAGCUAACUGCUACGCCGAUGUCAUUGCCGAUCUUGAAUUGGACGUCCUGUUACGACCGAGCAUCAAGCAGACCCGUAGUCUCUACAUUAUACAGUCAGAAAUCAACAAGAUGGCUGGCCUCAUCAAUCCAAUUGCAUCGAUAAUAUCAGCCAUGCGCGAUCACAAGACUACACUUUCACAAACAGACGCAACCAAGGAGCUUCAGAAUCCGGUCGAAGGUGUCAUUAUAACGCCCAUGACUCAUACUUAUCUGGGCGAUGUGUACGAUCACUGUGUCUUGAUUGGCGAGAACCUGAAUACGAUUAGAAAGUCGGCCGAUGGAAUGAUUGAUCUCAUCUUCAACACCAUAUCGGCGUACCAGAAUGAAAGCAUGAAACAGCUGACCGUGGCGACCAUUAUCUUCUUGCCACUGACCUUUUUGUCCGGGUUCUUUGGACAGAAUUUUACCGACUUUCCUCAGAUUGAAGGUAGCGUCAACCUAUUUUGGUAUAUCGCCAUCCCCGUUACGGUUGGUCUCAUUCUCAUUCUAAUGAGGGAGGCCAUGGUGGAAUGGUUCAAGUCACUCUUCCAGCGUCGAAAAGUCUGGACGGUUCGCAAAAGACGAAAGGAACAUGAGCAUCACACAAAAGCACGUCGCAAGAUGAUGGGAAAGAGGGGGUUUUAG